CUAGGGCUAGGCGUCCGACUACCUACCAAUUGCCAAUACUCACAACGGCAUCAAAAAAGCAUUAACAAGGCCUUUUUUCGUGUCAUUUUUUUAACUAAGAAAGAAAGAAUACUUUCUUUUUUAUACAAAAAAUAGGGAAAUCGCUGUUGGCAAAGAACUUGGUCGAACAAGGACGAAAGAUUUUUCAGCGAUCCAGUAUUGCCAGUUUCUUGAGAGAAUAGAAACAGGAGUUUGGUAAAACAAAACUUAAAAAGAAUUUUUCUAUAUUAUUGAAGAGCAAGAUGGCUGAGAAUCUCGAUAUUGCAGAGUUGUCGCCGGUUCAUCCCGCCAUCAUUUCGAGACAGGCCACGAUUAACAUUGGUACUAUCGGUCAUGUAGCCCACGGUAAAAGUACUGUUGUAAAGGCUAUCUCUGGUGUUCACACUGUUCGUUUCAAAAAUGAAUUAGAGCGUAACAUCACCAUCAAGCUUGGUUAUGCAAACGCUAAAAUUUACAAGUGCUCUAACGCCGAGUGUGCUCGACCUGGAUGCUAUCGUUCCUACCCUUCUGGCAAGGAGGACAACCCUCCUUGUGAAGUUUGUGGUUCCCCCAUGAAUUUGGUUCGCCAUGUGUCGUUUGUCGAUUGCCCUGGUCACGAUAUUCUUAUGGCAACCAUGCUUAACGGUGCCGCUGUCAUGGAUGCAGCUAUGUUGCUUAUUGCUGGUAAUGAAUCUUGUCCCCAACCCCAAACCAGUGAACAUUUGGCUGCCAUUGAAAUCAUGCAGUUGAAACACAUUAUUAUUCUUCAAAACAAGGUCGAUUUAAUACGUGAAGCUGCCGCCGAAGAACACUAUCAAUCAAUCUUAAAGUUCAUCAAGGGUACUGUUGCUGAGAACUCUCCCAUCGUCCCCAUUUCUGCACAAUUAAAAUAUAAUAUUGACGCUAUUCUUGAAUAUGUUGUCAAGAAGAUUCCCAUCCCAGUUCGUGACUACACUACCGCUCCUCGUUUGAUUGUUAUUCGUUCCUUUGACGUGAACAAGCCCGGUGCUGAGGUCGAAGACUUGAAGGGUGGUGUUGCUGGUGGUUCUAUUCUGACAGGUGUGCUUCGUUUGGGUGACGAGAUUGAAAUUCGUCCUGGUAUUGUCACAAAAGAUGAAGAGGGUCGCAUCAAGUGUCAACCCAUUUUCUCCCGCAUUGUUUCUCUUUUCGCUGAAAACAAUGACUUGAAGAUUGCCGUUCCUGGUGGUCUUAUCGGUGUUGGUACCACUGUUGAUCCCACUCUUUGCCGUGCCGAUCGUUUGGUUGGUCAAGUUCUCGGUUCCAAGGGCAACCUUCCCGAAGUAUACACAGAGCUCGAAAUUAACUACUUCUUACUUCGUCGUCUUUUGGGUGUUAAGAGCGGUGACAAGAGCACCACCAAGGUUCAAAAACUUGCCAAGAACGAAGUUUUGAUGGUUAACAUUGGUUCUACUUCUACCGGUGGUCGUGUUAUGAUGGUCAAGGCUGAUAUGGCCAAGAUUCUUCUUACUGCUCCCGCUUGUACAGAAAUUGGUGAAAAGGUUGCCCUCAGUAGACGUAUCGAAAAGCACUGGCGGCUUAUCGGUUGGGCUAAGGUCGUUGAAGGAAAAACUCUUAAAGUAUAGUUUGGGUAUUGCUAUGAGCAUUGUAUAAGAUGACUUUUACUUUCCAGUGAAAGUGGUGUCCUUUUUGAUAUAUAAAAUAAAUUGCGAUUCCUUGUUUUCUUUGAAAACAUACGUGGUUUAAUAGUAGAUUAACAGUAAAUAUUUCCUUUACUCCUGAAUGAAGAAAUCUAAAUGAGAGUGUUUAUAUAUAUAUAUAUACAUAUACCAAUAUAAAUUGUAUGCUUGUAAUCGCUUUUGACAGAUG